CAAAAGAUUCAAGCAUCACGCUACAGGAAGUCGUAUUUAAAUUAAUCUGAGCUCUGAAUUCUAUUAAAUAAGUGAUGAAACUUUAAAUAUAAAUGUAAUAUAAUGAAAAGAUCUCGUACCAAAGCUAUUUAUCAUAUUCGAAAAUAAAGUGCCUUGAAUUUUAUUUCAAAACGUAAACCACAACAAUACUUAUGUGGGAUAAAUAUAUUAUAAACACUCAAACAUGUAUUCUUUGCAUUUUAUAUUUUUAAUAAGUACGUUGCUAUUACGACCUGCUCAAGCUGAAGUUGGUGACACCGAUCUGAAUGAUUUAUCAGAGCAACAAAACUCCGUACAAAUAAACAAAUGUUGCGAAGAUAAUGAAAUAAUGAUUGAUUCUGUAUGUCGAUUGGCUGAACUAUAUAAUGAAAGUCUUUGGCAACCAUUAUUUAAGACUGAGGAUGGCAAAGAUGUAAAACUCAAGUAUUUUAGAUUUAUAAAUGGAGUACCAAACUGUGCAACAACCCAACAAAGGCCUAUAUUUGAUCUGGGGAAGUCUGAGGAUAAGUUAAACCUUUUAUCUGAUGGUCGUUUAAUGCAUUUGAUACAUCACCAAACAAAUGUUCAAACAAUAAGAGAUGAUCCGCUCCUCGCAAAUUCGUUAAACUAUCAUGAUAUAAUUUCAAUAUCUGAAGUUAAAGAGCCAUCUUCAUAUAUUCAUGUUCAGAAUAAAUAUUGCAUGGAUAAGAUCAUAAUAACAAGCACUAACUCCACCGGCCAGUAUGCGCUAGUUUGUGUACCAGAAGUGAUAAUCAAUUGGAAGGACACAGGGUUUUUAAUGAAAAAAAUAUUAAAUCCCAUAUUUCAUGCAAUUGCAAUGAUAUUAUUUUUAACCGUUGCUAUUAUUUACUUUGUGUUGCCAACCCUGAGAGAUCUCGCUGGGAACAUCAUUACGACGAUAAAUGUAUGUUUGAUCGUGAGUCAAGCUGCAGAUUUAGUAAGGAUAUUUACAGAGCUAAGCAAUCAUGUCAGCUUUAUGAUAACUGAUAUCAUUUUGUAUGUCAGUUUACUUGGUGCCUUUUUCUGGUUGAACAGUUUCGGAUUCUACAUAUGGAAAACAUUCAAAUCAAGAAAUGUAUUUUUACGAGUGACAGAUGUUCGCAAAUACUGCUAUUACUCGAGUGUGGUCUGGUCGAGUGUAACUUUAAUGGCGGCUAUGGCUAUAUGUGCUCAUUUUUUAUUAGACACUGGUACAAAUCCAUACAGAAAAAUGAGAACACAAUUUUCAUCGUCCAUUCUUGUUGAUGAUGUUGAACAAGAGACUAUCGGCUGGCUCGGAAUUGCAAUAUUUUUCACACCAGUUGCAUUCACUAUUAUUUUUAAUCUGUUCUUCUAUAUAACAACGUUAAAAGUAAUAAAAAGAAUAAAUAUCUAUGGACGCAUCCAUUAUAAAUUAAAGGGAUGUUUCGACUUAUUCCUCCAGCUAUUUCUCAUAAUGACUAUGUCAUGGCUAUUCCUGAUGCUGUCUUGGCUGAACUUUGACGGAUUGCUAUACGCGUACAUAGUGGUGAAUUUAUUGCAGGCGAUAUUAAUAUUUUAUGUGUGUGUUGUAAGGCAGAACCACGUCACAUUUUUAUUAAGAAAAAGCUGUUGCUAUGCGCAGCCUGUGCCCACCGGAGAGUGGGGUGAUGAAAUGACGCAUAUGAACGGUGGGAAUUACUAACAACAACAUACCGACAAUAUAAUUAAUUGUUAGAAUUUAUACAUAUACAUAUGAUGAUUACACUCGUAGGAUAGAGCAAUAUUAUAUUUGCACACAAAGAAUUUACGUAUAAGUAGAAGUGGGAUUUCUCGUGAUUUCAUGUGCUUUUGAACAAACUUUAAUCGAAAUUUGUGCCUUAUAUCGUGAAUAGUAUUCUAUGAAGCAAUACCUUUCAAUUUAUCACUUAGCAGAGGUAGCUCUUUAGUUUUAAGAUAAUGACUAUGCAGUAGAUAUUUUUUAUUAUAGAUUUUAUAUCGAUUUAUUUUUGAUUGAAACACCUAUACUGUGGAUAGGAAAUGUGUAUGGCCUUAAAAUAAGUUUUUGAAUCGAUUUAAAUAUUAUUCAUUCAAGAUAAAAUUCAUACAUUGCAUUUAUGUACAAAUGAAAUUGUGAUAAUUUAACGUAGUGCUCAUUGGAGAUACUUAAAUUUAAUUUUAUUCGACCUAUCAAUUAUUUUCUAUUACUAACAUCAUGAAAAUACUAACAAUUUGAAAAAAUUAAGACAUUACUGUAAUUAUCAAAUAUGAUUGAAAAAAAUUACAUAGUCAAGGCCUAUAUAUACCUUAUGCUAUGCAUUUUUUUAUUGAUUGAUUGUAAUAUACACUCUUUUCCCUUAUGACUGAAUUAUCUUAGUAUAUUUUUUUUGUGUUGUGACAUUUUUACAAUUUUUCGACUCUUUACGUCAAAAUCCGUCCUCAAUAUUUUUUUAUUAAUUAUACUUUCUAUUUUUAUAUUGCUCUCUAUUGCUAAUGAAUGUGUACUAAUAAAUCACUCAAUUAUGUAUUCUGUACACAUAAUAUACUUUUGGCUUUGUUUUGUCAGAACUUUAAAACUGAGUGAAGCGAUAAUGAUUUUUCUUUUUUUAUUAACGGUUUGACUUUUUGAUUAUAAUAAUUGUAUUUACUUAUUCAAUUUACACGAGUUUUGUACUGAGCCUAUCAUAUUGGUCACCAAUUAUUGGUGACGUAUAUAUUAUGAAAAUGCACUUGAAAAAUAGAGUAGGUUUUAACCAUACACUGUUAGAUUUUAUGUUAAAUAGUAAGCACUAUGAAACUAACUUAGCAUGUAACAAAAGAUAUUGUCACAUUUUUAGUAUGAAGCUCGUGUAAAUUACACAAUGUGUGUAUAAUCCAAUAAAUUUAUAAGAUUUUA